UGUUGUUACUGUUAUUGUUAUUAUUAAAUAAAUAAGAGCCCGGGAGACUUUUGCAUCACUUGCUAAGAUCCAUAGGCCGGAAGUGCUCAUAAAGGCAUAGGAGCGGUGAAAAGUUGGCAACAUCUUUACGGAAAUGCGCCAGAAAAGGGGCAAGGAAAGAUGUGACAACCCUUACCCAGGAAACUUUUGGGUUUUUUCCCCUCACAGCACAGCCGGAUUAACCUCCUCCAGCCAUAUGUCUGAGUGACAGCUGUGCUGCCCGGCCUCUUAAUGCAAUUAGCAGAUCUUCUUUCCCAGCGCUGCCUGAUUCAGGUCAAGAGCAGCAGGGUGGGUGGGGGGACAGAGGGCGACCCCCCCCACACACAUUGGGGGUGAUGGCCCUGCAGACUCCGCUGCCUCCCAACCUGCGGAGGGGGCUGACAACUUUCAGCGGGUCCCUCUUCAUCAACAACAAGACUAGCGACUGCGGCCUGGCACAGAGCUACCACCCGGACCACACGGUGCUUUCCUGUCUGCCGUUACAGAUGAUGCUGUACUUCAAUGCCUUCUUCUCCCCAUUCUGGUGCCUGUCGGAGGGGGUCAUGCUGGAACUGAAGUAUAGCCUACUGCCCGCUUACUAUCAGUUCCUGCUGGUCAGUGCGUACCUGAUGAUCAUCUCAGCCGAAGGCCUGCGGCUCUACCUGGGGUUUAUCGGAAAUCUGCAGGAGAAGGUCCCUGAACUGGCCGGCUUCGUCCUUCUCUCCUUCCUGAUUGAGACGCCGGUCCUGCUGUUCAUCCUGACAGACGAGCACAUCAUCCGCCUGCCGCUGGAGACGGCCGUCCACCUGGUCCUCCUCUUCUUCCUUGCCUCUGAGAUCACGGCGGCUGUCUUUGCUCUCAAGGGGAUGACCAGGCAGCUAGCCAGGCAGUUCUACCUGAAGCAAUUCGAGGAGGGGCCCGGCGGGCUGGGCCCGGGUGCGAGGGGCAGCCAGCAGGGGGCUCAGCUGUCUGUCAGCCCUGACUCCCCCCUGCUUUCUGCACAGGGGCGCUAAAUGAGCGACGGGCGGGGCUGUCUUCCCUUUGAGGCGGUGGUCCUCACUGAGGGCCAGUGUGCUGUCGUUGAGUAACAUCUGGGAGACCAGAGUUCAAAUCCUCACUCGGCCAUACGAAGCUUACUGGGCGACCCUGGGCAAGGGACUGUCUUUCAGGCCAACCUGAGAGCCUCACAGGGUUGUUGUAAGGACUGAACUGAGGUGGGGGAGGGCUGUGUAUGCUGCCUGGAGCUCCUUGGAGAAAAAGGUGAGAUAUAAAUGGAAUAAUUAUGUU